AUGUCAAGUCAUAGUGCAAGCAGCAGCAUAGAAUUAAAGACACCAACUUCACCAAUAGCUGGCUCAAGUUUCAAUUUACCAUUCAAACUAAGUACAAAUGUUAAUCCAAAAAACUUUGAUAUCAAAGACCUUGAGGACAUUAGUGAAAUAAAUACUUUGAGUGAGUUCAAAGAUCUUAGAGAUGAUGAGACUUCAGACUUGUUGGUUAUUGACACAAGACCUUUUAACCAAUACUCAACUUCAAGAUUAAAAGAUGCUUUAAGUAUAUGUGUUCCUUCAACUCUAUUGAAAAGAAGUUCAUUCCAUUUAUCAAAUAUUUUCAAAACAAUGACUUCUCAACAACAACAGGCUAUUGAUUUAAAACUCAAAGGCUCCAAAAAUCUAAACAUUGUGUUUUAUGAUUCAAACUCAAGUUCAGAGCAGUGUUCAUUUCAUCUGUAUCAGAUCUUGAAGAAGUUUCAAAGUGACGCUAAACAGUAUGGUAAAACUAUUGAUUUAUACCUUUUAAACAAAGGCUUCACUUCAUUUUUGCAUCAAGAAGGUAUAUCUGAUGAAGAUAGUAUCUUUGACUUCAAGAAAAUAAAAUCAACAAACUCUGGUGAUUCAUUUGCAGAUUUUAUAUUACCUUCAGCUAAUCCAACUUCAUCAUUUUUAAUGUCAAUGAAAAAGAAUCAUGCAUUACCAGAGGAAGAAAAUGGUGUCCAUCCAUCAAAUAUUCAUGUUCCAAACCUUGAAAAUCCUGAAAGACUACCAACUUGGUUGCAACCUUAUCUAGCUCCAAAUUCUGUCAAUAUGAUUAUCAAAAACUUUGUUAGAAUUGAAAAUGCUGAAAAUGCCAGAAUCACUUCGGUCGUUUCUCAAAAGUCUCAUUCACCAUCAAUUUGCUCUCCAAGCUGUCUUUGCCCAUGUUGUGAUCAAUUAAAUUAUAACAUUUUGGAUGGUUCUGAACAUGGUUACAAAAAUAGAUACCCUAAUAUUUUACCUUAUGAACAUUCAAGAGUUAGAUUGAUUGAAUCUCCAUUGUUGUCACCAAUCAUGAGUAGUAACAACAACUCACCAAACAAAUAUUUCCCAAAAGUUUCACCAUCUGCUUCAUCUCAAAACAAGUUACAUUUAACUGCCACAACAAACUCAGCUGUUGCUGUUACUGGCACAAGUCCUCAAUUAUCACAUCUUCGCCCACAUGAUGACUAUUUCAAUGCUAAUUUCAUCAAUGUCCCACAAAUCAACAAAGAGGCUCGCUACAUUGCCACUCAAGCACCAUUACCAUCCACUAUUGAUGAUUUUUGGAAAGUUGUAUGGCACAAUAAUUCUGAGAUUAUUGUUUCCUUGACAGAUUUGAAUGAAUAUGGUAUCAAGAAAUCAGAUGUUUAUUGGCAAAAUACCAAAAAAGUUCAACUGUUGGAGGAACAUGAAGAUUAUAAUGGAUUGAAGAAUUUAACUGUUCGUAAAAUCCAACUAACAAGAAAAUCUCAAUCAAGAAUCAUUACACAAUUACAUUUCAAAGAUUGGCCAGAUCAUGGUGUUGCUGAUUAUAGUUCGUUGCUGAAAUUAACUGAAAUCAAAGAUGAAUUCACUACAAAGAAAUCAGCACCUGUUGUUGUUCAUUGUUCUGCAGGUUGUGGUCGUACGGGUGUUUUCAUAACUGUUGACUUGAUCACUAAUGCUUUCAAAUCUAAAACAAAUACUCAUCUAAUCAAAGGAAAUGUGAACUUGUUAAAGAAACAUUCACUGGAUGACGAUGGGAAUGAGACAGGUGAAGAAAUUGAUAUUUGGAAUACUCAGAACGAUUUGAUCUAUUUCACUGUUCAACAAUUGAGAAAGCAAAGAAUUUCCAUGGUUCAAAGCUUGAACCAAUUUAUCUUUUGUUAUGAAACUGUUUUGGAAUUUUUCAACAAUUUAGAACAAAAGCAAUACCAUUAUAUUUGA